AUGGCCCUGCAGCUGAAGGGGGCGCUAGUGGGUCAGCAGCCCAUCCUCUUCUCUGGGUCAGUUUGGGACAACAUCGCCUACUACGGGAUGCAGGAUUGCAGCAAGGAAGAGGUGGUCGCUGUGGCAAGAGAAGCCAAUGCCUUAAAGUUCAUCAAGGAGCUGGAAAGAGGGUUUGCCGCAGACGGUGGAGAAAAGGGAGGACAGCUCUCCGUCAGGCAGAAGCAGCCCCUGGCCAUCCUCCAGGCCCUGAUUCACGACCCAAAGGUCUUGGUGCUGGAUGAGGCCACGAGCGCCCUGGACGUGGAGAGCAAAGCUGCCUCUUGA